GUCAACCUAACAACGUCAAGACUUUGGAACACAACACUGAAUUAACAGAUUGCAAAAAUAAAAUUCUCAAUAAGGGAUGGGGAAAAAAGUUUUACAAAAUGUAUGCAUUAUUUUAUGCAGUACAUACAGUAUUAUUGAUGUUUACUGAUAUUUCUUUUUUUAAGUCUCAUUUUAUGGAGAUUACAGUUAAAAAAAGAUAUUUAUAUUCAGUAUUUAAUCCUUACACAAUUUCCGUAAACACACCCCCACACCCACACACAUUGUUGUUCACCUUGAACAGGACAAAUAUGUAUAUAAUGUUCAUUAGUGGUGUUUCCUUUACUGAAGAUGAAUCUUUAUUUCAUUCUAUGGUGUAAUAUUUGUAUGUUCCAGGAGAGGUUUAUCAAAGUCUCCUUCUGGAAUCCCAAGAGAUCGAAUUUACAUACAGUUUCUGUUUAAGUUCCUUUUUUUAAAUGAGCUCCUCUCCUCAGGUUUCAGUCUUUCUCUCACUUCUUUCUUUAGUAAGUAAAGAUUAAACACUUCUGGGUGUGCUGUUUUAGGCAAAUAAUCAAUGAUCUUGUUUGGUGAUGAAGUCUGAGGAACAUGAACAUGAGGCAGACUUACUACUAUUACUCUGAAAUCGAUUAUUUUCCAAUAACAGCAUGUCUGAAAAUAUUUUAUUCCUCUUAUUCUACAGCAGUUCGCCAAUGAUUCAUGUAUUAUCCAGUCACACUUGCUUUUUAUCUGUUUAUAGUUACAGUUAAUGUUGUGGAACAUUUGCGAGACAACUUACAGCUUUUAUUUAUGUUACAGCAGCUAUAAACGCUCGUUCCCUCACCGGUAUCUAUUUUAUCUCAGUUCUUGCCGUUAAUAAGACAAAAGCCUGAAAAUUUCUAUGUUGGAAAAACUUACUGACACUGGAGACUCCUUCCAUGAACUGACUAUUCUUAGAGCAGCUUAUUUGCCCACUGCAUUAAAAGGGAAAGCUUUGUGAUAAAUAACUACUGAAAAUGAAAUCUUUUAAUAUUUAUUGUGUUUGUUUAGGCUGGUGAUGGCUGAUUCAAACAUGAACGGCAUGCAGUACAAGUCAGCAAAGUCAAUGCAAAUGUAUUGCAUGUUUUGUGUGUGUGUGUAUGUGAACGCUCAUGGAGGUGUGUCUUCUGUGAGUCCCUGCUAUCACACACUGUUUAUAAGGAGCAGUGUGUGAGUGUGUGCAGCUUGAGUCUGCUCUCAAAAGAAGCCCGAGUGUCUUUUCUCUCAUUCUUUACAGACCUGAACAUGAUGCUCCUCAACACCGUCUCCCUCACCGCCAUCUUGCUCACUCUCUCAGGUUUGGAAGCUCUUGUGUUGACUCAGGAGAAGGUGAUAUCUGUUCAGGCUGGGCAAAAUGUGAAGAUUCUCUGUUCACCCAGUACGGGUAGCUGGGCGAUAACAUGGUACCAACAAAAACCAGGAAAAGCUCCAACCUUCUUGCUUAGUGAUAGCACCAGAGCAAGUGGACUGCCAAGUCGAUUUACUUACAGUGAAUCUGGAUCACAAGAAUAUCUGCAUAUUAACGGUGUUGAGGCUGAAGAUGAAGCCGUCUAUUACUGUGCUUGCCACGGCUGUGUGGGAACCGGCACGGUGCUGCAGUUUAUUGACCCUUCAUCUCCUCCGUCCCUCGUUCUGCUGGCUCCCUCUCCGUCUCUCUCCUCAGGUGAUGAAGUCAGGGUGGUUUGUCUGGCGCAGGGUUUCCGUCCUGACGGCGCCACCCUGUCCUGGUCUGACAACGGCGACGCUGUAGCGGGUGCCGAGGUGCAGACGAGCUCGUCCGAGCGUCAGUCUGACGGCACCUUCGUCCAAAGCAGCAUGCUGAAACUCAGCCCAGAGCGCUGGAGCUCCGGACGAACCUACACGUGCCACCUGAACCACCCGGCUCUGUCAGCACCGCUGAGUCAGAGCGCCAGCGCUGAGAAGUGCAGCUAGACGGCUGGAGAAAUGGAUGCGCUGCACGUGUAGUAAUGUGGUCAUCGGCAUGGAGAGAGAAGAAUAUCAUUUCCGUUGCACCUUUAAAGGCGCAGUGGAACAUUUAUCUGAAAUUAUAUUCUGUAGUUUUUCAUCAGCUUACUUCAAUAAAAUGAUUUCCAAAUAAAAUAUAGUA